AUGAAUCGGGUGAAAAUACAUCGUAUUUUCCCAAGAAACAGUUUCUAUGUAAGGGUAUUAUUGGAUUGGAAAGAGAGUGUGGAUGACCGAAAGUUGCGCUCUGUUUUAUGUCGAGCACUGGUCAAUUUGAGAGCAUAUCCUUUAGAUAUUGCUACAUUUACAGAUCUCAAAAAUAUCCGAGGUAUAGGUGAUAAAAUAGCUCGAAAGCUUGAAGAAGCAUGGAAUAUAUUUUGUUCACAAAAUUUGGCUGUACCAAAUUUGAAACAGAUCCAUCAGAUGAAAAAGGGGGAAUUCUUACAAUUCCUCAACCUUUCAAAUUUCCUGGAAAAGAAAUCUGAGCCGCCUCAAACCACGGAAGCAUUGUCCACGGAUGCUGUUGUGUCCGCGGAUAUUGAUCUCGCCAAAUCAAGGAAUGCAAAACACUUGUCUCAGUGUGUGGAUCUUCAGAAUGUGAAGCCAAGUCGUAACUAUAUACGUAAACGUCUUAUAAGAACUGCUCAACCAUUACAGUUAUCGAAAAAAGUAGCGUUAGAAAGCGAAAGUACUAACAGUCCAUCCAUGACCAUAAAUGAACCGUACUGUGAACAGGUACAAGUUAUUCGAAGGCCUCGUGCAUUGAAUGUUAAGAUGGUAGACUAUGAAACUGACGACGCUGAACUAAUUAGUCCUGUUGCCGAUGAUGAUAAAAUGGAACAAGUUUGCACUGUACCACAGGAAUGUGAUGAUAGUAUUAUUUAUCAUCCGUCUGCAUUUAGUACUGCUCAAAUAGUGUUGAUUAUUGACAACCGAGAAAGUGCCAAUACGAGGAAAUUGCAGCAAAUGUGUCGCUUCUUUCAGGAAAAGGGGGUUUUUUACGAGUUGCGUUCAUUAUCUAUUGGUGAUUACCUGUGGAUUAUGCGUAUGUGUGAUGGCACGGAGAUGGUGCUUGAUACUAUUGUUGAACGUAAGACACUUAACGAUCUGUGGUCUAGUAUAAUGCAAAAAAGAUACGAAGAGCAGAAACAACGUUUAGUAUCAAUUGGUAUUCCGAACAUAGUUUAUAUCUUGGAAGGAUCCAUAGCUUCUGUGCCUGCUCUUGAACAGGCGCUCGUUACUACUCAUAUAGAAAAUCGGUUUUUGGUUUAUCGCACCAACGAUGUGGAACAUACAUCACUUGUCUUAUCUAAAAUUGCGGAGCGACUAAUAAGAAAAGCAACUACCCAGGAGCUCACAGGAAUGAGUUUUGAGAAAUUCCAAAAAACAUCGAAAAAAACCCAGUGUCGCAGCGUCAAAGAUGUUUUUUUGCGACAGCUUGUAGUAUGCCCACAAAUCAGCAUCCAGAAAGCAUCACUUAUUAUUGAUCGGUUUCCAUGCUUUGCAGCACUAACAGUUUUUUACACCUCACUUCCAAAAGAGCAACGGGCAACAGCUUUGUUCGAAAAUUUCCUGGGUAUAACCAAAGGUGCCAGCGCACAUAUGGCGAAAUUUUAUUCCGAAGCUGCUUAG